AGUAAAUAAUCAAUACGUUGUGUUUUUAUAUUUUGGAGAGAUUCUUCUCAAAAUAUGAAUUUGUGCCUUGAAUUGCCUUUAAAACGCGAAUGUCGUUGGUAGCUCCCUUAUUUUGGAGUGUUUUCUUCUCGUUCAUUUUCCUGUUGAGUUCUCUUAAAUAUUCCAACCGAUGGACGGUGCAAAUUGACGGCGAUUUUGAAGAGGCUGAGAGGCUCGCGCGAAAACAUGGCUUUGUCAACCACGGGAAGGUAAUUACAAUACAAUACAAUACAAUACAAUGUUCUUUAUUUUGAGAGGGUAGAUAUACAUGAUUAACCCAGUUAAGAGUUUUCUAACACAUGGCCCUCUAAUAUUAGCUCAAGCGUUGUUCUUCGCUAUCUCAGCCUGGCCGUGCUCUGUUAAGAAUAAGUUAAUUCUGAUAAUCAAUCGGCUGAGCUUCAGAAUACUCGUCCACUUUAUAUACAUCUGGCUAUGUUAUCUUGCUCUCAUCAAGAAGGCAAUUGAAAUUGAUGAAAGUAGGAACUUUGGGCGCUUUCCAUUUAGUCAAAAUUUCCGGAAUUUCCGGUUCGGCGGUAAAUGGAACACGUUUCGUCGGUUCGUCCCACUGGAAAAUUCCCAGAAAAAGUGGAAAAUCUAAAAAGGUGGUCCCGUUUUCCCGGUUGGAAUUUCCGAACGGAAUGUCGUGUUCCAUUGACGUUUCUUGUAGUUUGUACCAGUUCCAGGUCCACGGUCGGGCACCCGGCCACGUACCGGGGUUUACGACCAAAUGGAACAACUUUUUACCGAUCGGAAAUUCCACUUUUGCUACCACCGAAAUUUCCGGGUUUUUUUCGUAAAUGGAAAGCGCCCUUUGUUUCUUUUGGGAAUUUGUCGUCCAAACAAUUUGAAAUACUGACAUGGCGUAGAUAUUUAUUUUUCAAAAUGCGGGUGGAAGUUUUCUCUACCCUAACCUAGUCAAUCUUCAGAGGUAUUAAUUUUUAGCAAUCAUUGUAUGGGGCUGAGUAUGAUCUGAAGAAUUCCCUGCAUACAGCAUCUAAUCUAACCAAACCGAAAUAAAAAUUGAUGGAACACAAUCAGCUGCAAUGGAAUUCAGUUGAUCGAACUUAUCGUUCGAUUAAAAUCGAUUGAUUUGGGGAAUCGACUGAAUGGUCGUAAUGAAUCUGAUUUGGUGUUACCUGUGAGCAGGGUUUGUACAGAGUCUUGAAUCCUUGAAAUAAAAAAGUCUUGCAAUUUGCCUCGUAAUUUUCCAGACCUGGAAAUAGUCUGGAAAAUGGGAAUAAAGUCUUGAGUUUUUUUUUCAAAGCUGCAACAAGUGCUUCUUAACCCAUUAAGUCCCAAUAGUGACCAACAUCAAUUUUCUCCUAAUAAUAUCAAUAGAUUGUCAAGUGCAACAUCUAUGAGAAUUAAUCAAAUGAUCACAAAGAGAAAAAUCUCUGAUCUUUUAUCAAUUUCUCCCAACUAAUUCUGUGAGGAAAUGUAUAGAGAUCAGUUUGGAGAAUUUGUUUGUGGAUAUUGGGGCUUAAAGGGUUAAGUGAAAUCUCAUGCCUACGUUUGCAGAGUAUGAAAAAGGCUUUGUUGCUUCCUUUUUUUUUAAGGUCUCUAUUAAUCACCUAUUUGAUAACCUUGAGUCUGGAAAAAGAAAUUAUUGUUUAGAAAAAAAGCAUGAAAAAAGUCUUGAAUUUUGGAUCCAAGAAUCUGUACGAGCCCUUUCUGAGUGACAGAUAAAUUUAAGCAAAUUGGAAGGCAAAGGAGAUGAGCAGGGCAACAGUAUUUAAUAAUGAGAUGGUUCAUUCCUUUGAUUUUUUUUGUGUUCAUGCACCUUUGAACAUAACAGGUUGAUGGUACCAUGUAGAAUCAUGUACAGAACAACCACUCUUUUUGUUUUGGGCCAAGUUGCACCUAUUCACCAUUUCCGAAUGCCUUUCCUUGGGUUUCCUAGUUUUUCUCCAACACAGUUUAAUAAAACAAUCACCCAUCAUCACUGUGAAGUUGCAUUCAACAUGGUCUUUAACUACAGCUAAAAUUUUUACACCACCAACCAGCCAGCUGUGUCUAGUCUAACUUGUGGGAACUUGUAUGGUCAAAGUAUCUUUUUGCAGAACGGUUAUUGAAUUAAACUACUCACCAUGCCCAAUAAAUUAAGGGGAAUCAGCGUGCAAAGAAAGUCGUGUCCGAUAGCCCGGGGCUAGUGGAUUUUGCUUUUGGGCUAGUGAAUUCUGUUCUUAACUUGUCUGACGGGCAAGUGAAUUUUUUGGGGAAAUUCAAAUUACAGAAGGAUGGUAAUCAAUCCUGCUAAUCAAAAAGGGUUUUGGGGCUAGUUGAAAUGACUUGUGGGCUAGUACAUGCUAGCUACAGCUUGCCUGAAUGGCAGGCUGUAAAACUGGCUUUCUUUGCACUCUGGGAAUAGACUGGCAAAAAUAGGUAGAUCAUUAAAAGCUAAUGAAAGACAAAAACUUCAACAUAAUCAAUAAAAUGGAGUAUUAUUGAUUGCCUUGAUCAAUCGAUGAAAGUCAAUACUCUUAGUUAUUGCUAUUAUCAAUUAUAUAUCAGUUUUGUCUAGUUGGCAAGAAAAUACUUUCAAUUUUAUAGACCCAGUAAGCAAACAGACAGAAUGUGUCUAAGCUUGUCUGAGGCAGAAGAAAGCAGUGGAAAGUCAUGCAUGGGUCCUAAAAUCUAUUUUUCCUCGCAAACCUAUUUGAGACAAACAAACUUACUAAAUAUGACCAGUGUUUAAGUUCGUUUGUCUGUUCCUCAGCAAAUUCAGGAUAUACAUUUAUUAUUAGUGGGCUGCCUAUGGCUUGCAAGGCCCAAUCAUAAAAAUUAUUGGGGUUGUAGAAAGACACAAUAGUAGACAGAUCUCACAGAAGGCAUUGCAUGUCUCAUUCCACUGCCAUGGGGCUGAUCUUUGGACUAUUUAGGAAAGAGGAGAAGGUCAUUUCCUCUUUAAUAUUUCAUUUAACAUUUUCAUUUUAACCAUUAGUUACUAGAUUAUUUUCAACAAAUAAGUAAAGUCUCAGAAGACUACAAAAACAAUGAGAUCUCUCAUCCUUUGGAAUUAUAGAAAAAUAAUGAUAGAAGGGAAUAUUAAUGUCUUUCGGAAACAAUAGUUUGAUCACGGUGUUACUUUUAUUACUGAUUUCAGGGGGACAAAACAUGUUGGCUAUUUUGCUCAGAGAAGUUGGCUAUUUUGUCCUCUUAAAAUUAAUUUGAGGCCUGGAAAUAAAGUAUUGAAUUAAAGAAAGAUUCUGUCAAAACUUAUGUUAAAAUUCAAUUCUCUGGACCUAGACAGACUUUUUGCUUCCUAUUUAAAAUAUUUAAGAAAAGUUUGGGACUUACUGUGCAUUACUUGUCCAAAUUUAUCAAAAAAUUAUACAUUAUCUUUUGUACUCAAGGUAGAUAACUAGUACUAGACAAAGCUCCCACCCCCAAGUCCAACCUGGAAAUAAAGCCUCAGUGGGAAAGGGCAACUUGACAAAUGUUUGGAAAUGAAUGCGCAUUCUUGAAAAUUUGAUGGGGGCAUAAAUUAUUAUAUAAUUGUUUAUUUUGCUCGUUGCAGGUCAUUAAUAAUCACUACAGUUUUGUGCAUGAAAAGGUGGAAAAAAUAUCCAAUGUCUUAAGAACCCACCUACAUGAAGGACUUUUGUCAGAAUCAAGUGUAAGUUGACCACACCCCUUUUGUCUACGCUUUAAUUUUUUUUCAUCCUUUAUGAAGGUUCCAUGAACAGAGGUGAAGUUGAAGAAAGAAAAGUAAAUUGAAUGUUCAUGUCCAUAGAAAAAAAAUUAUUUUUUUCUUUCUUUAUGUCCGUGCCUCUACAAUGUAAUAGAAAUGCUGUCUUAAUUUGCAUGAAAAUUAGGAAUUCAAAGCAAGCCAUGUCAUCAUAAAUGUAUCAUAGCAUUAAUUAUUGCAUGCAAGUUAAAUGCUCCAGUGUAGAAUAGUAGCUAGAAGAGAAAAAUACACGUAUUUUAAUACUACUUACAGUGUCUUGAAGUGUCAAUGAUUGAAGGUUGAUUAUUGUUGUUUUGCAUCUUUUUUGCAGGUUCAGAUGGUUACACAACAGGAAAUAAAGUCUUACAAACUGCUGUCAUCUAACUCUAUGCAAUUUCGCAAACCUAAUGAUCCAAGAUAUAAGGAUAUGUGGUACAUUGUAAGUGUAAUGAAAGGAGUUUCUUUGUUUUGUUUUGUAGUGACUUAGACUAAUGUCCAUAUACACGCUUUUAAUAAGUCUGAGCGCCAUCUUGAAUUUUCAAUGAAUGACGUCAUUCGCGGAAAGAUCAUACACGUGGCCAAAAUGGCUGCCAAAGGUGAAAGCUCUGUUGACGUUAAUUUUGCAGUGUGUUGAUAUAAAAAGGAAAGUUUUUACUUUAUAUCAAGAGGAAUAUUUUCUUUAUACAAUGUCUUUAUAGGUAUGUUAUCGUAACUUUAAAGCUUUCGUUCAAAGAUAUUCCUGGAUCAAUGAUAUCGAGGACAAACGAGAGCUGAUUUAAAUGCAAAACAAAAAAAUGCACAACUCAAAACAGUAGCACAAACCAAGGAGCUAGGGUACGAACCCUAAUUCAUAUAAUGCAUACAAGGCAUAUAAUGUCAUCAGUCCCUAUUACAGGGAGAAAUGCUCAGGGAGAAAUAAGGGCUUUAAGGUGUCCCUAGCCAGUCAGGCGAAAUACUGUCCAAAAUAAAGAGAGGGCAAAUUAGUUCUUUCAUUCACUUAAGAAAAUUAACAGUCCUGCAAUAGUUUCAACUAAAUUGACAACUGGACACGAGGUUCCACGGGUAGUGAGUUAAACAUCUCUCUCUAAUGGAGGCAAACUUCAGUGUUAUGACAAUUAUUCCAAUUUGCCAAGACCUAGAGCUGUUGAUGGCUCCUUUCCUGAAUUCCCAAUUGCACGUGACACUGACACACCUGCUUGAGUGGGAUUGCAAAUGCCCCUUUUUUCAAAAGGACUAAUUUAUAAAUUGUUUAAAAACAAAAAAAUAAUUCCUAGUCCAUCCUUAAUUGAGAAUCAAAAGGUCAGAGCAAAGAUACGUUUUGGUUUCAAAGUAAAAGGUUCAAGUCAACUAGCUGUAAUUUGCACUUGUUUGCGAAUGGAAACUCAACAUCUCUCACUGCAAACAAGGUUUGUUCAAAAUACUCUCGUGUCACAGAAUGAUGUUUCUAAUAAUAUUGAAUGGCAAAUUGGUCUUAAGCAGCAACUAAAUAUGCUGAGUACAUGAAAAAUAUUGGUUUAGCAUGUAUAUUUUAUGUACAUAUACAUUCAUAUUCAGGGCUUAGAGUGUGGUAUUGUCACAUCAAGCACAAUGUCAUGGUUGGCUGCUUUACCAAACAGAAGGGUGAUAGAUAAUAAAUAUCAAGUUAUGGUUUAUUAGAAAUCAAAUGCCCUUUUACAUUAUGAAACUUUACACCUGAGAAGCAAUGUUCUGAUCAAAGGUUUUAUUGUCGCAUAGUUAAUGGUAAACCGGAGCUCGAAAGGGUCCACCCUUUUCAGGGUCAUUUGGGUUGGGCACGAUUAAAGUGGUACUGUCUUCAAUAUUCUUCAAAAAAAGACUGGUUUCAUUUCACUUUAUAUUUAGCAGUUUUUUACCUUCUACCUUUAGUGCUAAAAUUUCAGAUUCUAGUUCAGAAAUUUCAGCGUCGGAUUCGUGUAAGCUGUGUCACUGAGCAUUACUUGGCUCAACACACACCUAACUCCUGUGGUGUUUACCAUAUUUGGUUUCCCUCAAAUCAGAUUCCUGUUCAACUUUUUCUUAUUUUGGAUCUUAGGGAUUAAAGGUAUGGCUUGUGUACAGGGCAUUUAAACACCAAACGAGGGGAGGCUGCAUGUUUUCAAAAGCUAGCGACCACUUUUAAAAGACAAUACAAUACAAUACUUUUGAAGUCAUCAUCCCCAAAAUGAAAAGAACAGACGAUUGUAUGUUUCUGCCCAUAGCAAAAAAACAAUAUUUGAGAGAUGAAUAUAGCGGUUCAAAUUAGAACCCACACAGAAAGACUAAGUUACACACCUUUACGGUCGAGUACUCCUCCCUUUUAAUUCACUGCAGCCGUGCGAGCUUUUAAUACAUGCUGAUCGCUUGGAAUCUUAUGUCACAUUUCUUAGUGUUGCGUUUGUUAUUGAACAUGAUAUCCCCAUAUGACUUACAAACACGAACCACACAACUGCGAUUACGUUAGCCUUGGAAAAGGAUUUGUUGGUAUUUGUUAAUGUUUAUACAAGAAAAGAAUGGAAUAAAGCGAUUCAUAAUGGCCUGACUUUGCCUCUCGUCCUGACAUGGUACUGUCACGCGAGUCAAAACUCAAAGAUAUUGGCUGAAGGCUUAAUUUCCGCGAAUGACGUCAUAAAUUAAAAAUUCAAGAUGGCGCCCAGACUUAUUAAAAGCGUGUAUAAAUUGGGUAGACACACUUUGUGAGAUGUGACCUUAGAAAUUGUGAAUAAACUUGUCAUGACACAAAAAUAAGUGAAUAGAAUACAUAUUAUGAAUAAAUAAAUAAAUAAAUAAAUAUUAUUGCGUUAAAAGAUAUUGGUUUAUAAUUAUUAAUUGCUGUUAAAGGAUUAAUGAUAACGACAGUGAUACUCCUUUAAUAUGGGCACUGAGGGGGCCAUAGAAAGCCUCUGUAUUAACGGGGUGUCCGUAUUAAGUGGGUUGAAGUGUGUUUGUAGUUGAGUCAAUUUUUCACGUGCAUUGCUCUUAUUGUCAUUUGUUUGUUAGUUGUAGAAGUUGAUUGAGUGACUGAUAAAUCGAAACUUGUAAUGAAGGCUACAUUUUCUUGAAUGUACUUAAUUUAGCCCCUGGAAGGCUGGAAAUUGCAUUUUAGGGUUUUUUAAUGUCAAAAUUUUCCGGGUGAACAUGCUCCCAGAUCCCAUAGAAAGGGGACAUAAUGCCAGGGCUCCUUGGUGAUACAGUGUAAUUGAACAGUAUGCCAUCGCACACUUGCAUUUGAGCGUUUUUUCUUUUACUCCGACACUGUAGCAAAAUACUCUCAGAAUAUAAUAUUAUCUUAUUUUAGUUUUAAAAAAAAAAUUGUGCGAUACUACAAAUUUUAUUAUGAUUUAAAUAGACCUUUUUAGCUUGUGUGUUUUCACAUUUUUAAACCACAUGGAUAGUACCCCAGAACAGUUCCUUUUAAAUGUUUUCUUAAGUAUGUGCAUCCACGUGCAUUAUGCAUAAUUUAUGAUCACUAAAUGCAAAUUCCCUGGAGAACAAUCAGGGAAAAAAAUACAUGCUAAAAGGUCUAUUAACAGAACUUUGUCUAAUUCGGUCUGUGAUCAUACUUGUGACAAAACAAAUUUGUGUUGAUCACUCGUAUGAUUACAGUGUACUGGGACUGAGUUGGACUCCACUCGGUCCUAUUAUCAUUAAUUUCCUCUUCAGCACAGAGAUGAUGGUCAACCAACAUACAAUGUAAUUGAUGUUUGGAGAAGAAACAUUACUGGUGCUGGAGUUGUUGUUGCUGUAGUUGAUGAAGGAUUUAAUCCCAAACAUCCUGAGAUUGAACCCAAUUAUGUACGUUUAAUUUUGCUAAAUUCAUUUAAAAAAUUUAUAUACGAAUAAAAAUAAAUAAAUAAUGAUUUGAAGGGGGAACAUCCACUAAGUGAGUUCUUCAUCUAAGUGAUUCCUGGUCGAAUUAGAAUUUAAAAAUGUUGGUUUUUGAGGACACAGGAAAACUGGAAAACUCCGCGAAAAACCCCUUGGAGCACGGGAGAGAAUCAAUGACAAACUCAACCCACAUAUGGUGCCGGGGGGGGGGGGGUACUUUAGGAAUUUCUGGGUGGACCAGAGCUAUUUUAGCUGAAUUUUGCUACCCUAUACUAGAGUAUACUCCGCAAAUCACCCCUAUCCUAGAGUAGCUGUUUUCCAGAAACUACUGAGGUCACUAGCACAGUAGUCUAGCCAAAACAAAACCUUAUACCACAAUCCCUAGUCUAGAUUAAAUCCUCAACCAACUGAUCAGUUUCCUGAAAAAUGAUACCCUAUUCUAGACCCAAACGCCCUGAUUUAUAUACCCUAUCCUACAGUAAACUGCUUGAAAACCAUACCCUUCACAGCGGCACGUACCUAUAUAGCCCAUAUAUGGCAGUACCCCCCUGGAAUAUGGUGUUUACGCUGGGAUUUGAUCGUGGGCCACAUUGGUGGGAGGGCAAGAGCUCUCACCACUGCACCAUCCCUUGCUCCCCCAAAAAUUAAUCAUAGAGUCAGUCAAUCAUAAAGUGCAACCUCGUUCCCAGGUUACCCGUCGGGUAGGAGAGAGAACCUGGAAACCACAGACUACUAUCAACGUCUUACUUUAGAGAGCUGGUUUACUAACUUAGAGCAAACGCCACUGAAUCGUAGCCAACAGUUACCAGUGCCGUACAAACGACUUAUUGUUGGUUUUCAAAUGACGUCACCAAAAUUCAAACUACGAAACUAUCCAUCCUACUGAGGCUUUUUCUUUCAUGGUGUAUUAGAGCAGCUGAAAACUAAUUUUCAAACAAAUUUUCGCUUCAAAAGGCUAGGGUUCUUGGUUUUGUAAUAGAGUACACUUGAAUUUCUAAGCUUUUGCGUGACGCAGCAUUUACAUGACGGCUGAGAGAGAGCUGUCAUUUAGGUUAAGAAAGUGACUUGUUUCGAGGAAUUUUGCUAUCUAAACAGUUCAAGUAUUAGAAAAAGUAUUACUUUAAUGUUUAUGAGUUCCUCUAGGGGUAAAUUCACGCUUUUGUAGCAAAACUCGGUAACAGAUGUGUCUGUUGGUUUAAGUCCGCCAUGUUGGAGCUCAUCCGGAUGAGCUCCAGCAUGGCGUCUCCAUACAAAGCUCUAUAAAUUUGGGUAAAACAUUUCCUCGGAUAUCUCGUGUACAAAUUAUUUCUUCGAUCCAAAUCUUGGCGAGGGUCUUUGUAUAUUUACCUCCUUUCAUUUCCCAGAUUCUGGACCUUAUCUAUCGAAUGGUUUUGAUUUUUAUUUUGAUCUAUUUUGAAUGGCGUAACACUGAAAACCAGUAAUUGACGAGAUCAAGCAAAACUAACUACGAGAGAAAGACUGGAGAACUGACAAUUUGACUAACAAUAGACGGAUCGAAACGCACCAAUUACUGAUUACGAGUCUUCAUAGCCAAUAACAUCACGGCUUAACUGACAGACGACCAAUAACGUCGCGACGUUAUUGACCAAUCAGGUCAAUAACCAGAGUAUAAUACCAUCAACUGACGUGAUACAACUCACUUUGACUCUGAAGAUGACUACCGCACAGGUUGUCGAAACGUCAUUCACUGUCAACAACAACAGUCCUACAGUGCUCGACUUUCAGAAAAAAAAUCUUGGGGCCAACUGGCCCCCAAGUUUUCAUUUUUGGUCGCCAGAACAAGUAUUCUAGUCGCCAAAAAUUAUAUUUAAGAACUAAUGGGAUAAAAUAAACUGAACAUCUUUAACUUAACCUUAACAGAAAAUGAAUGGUUUAGACUUCCUUUGAACUUUCUUUCGAAUGGUUUUCGCUGACGCUCGAUUACCAGCCGGUGUUCUGUAAAAUGAAUCCGCACUCAAGUGUAAAUCUCCUCAAACAGGUAUUCAAGCUUAAGGUUCAGGAAAUGGAAUACACAUUAAAAAAGCAAAAUUUAGGAAUCACAAAAAAACUUAUUUGGGUUAUGAAAGAACAAAAUCUGCAAAAUUUGUUUUGCGUCCCAUGUAUUUGCAUGUUCAGAACUGAACAUCGGUGAAACUUCAUCUAUUGCGCGGUUGCCUAACACGUGAUCGAAAGUCUCCAGAAAGAGGAAACGUUGCUAAUGUUUUCGGGCAAAGAAGUCUGUUAGACAAACAGCGUGACUUCAACUUUACCAGGGGCAGCCAACGAGAAUAUAAUUCAAAACCACUUAAACAUAGCAUUGUUAAACGUAUUUUAGUAUUUAAACGGUAGAUAUAGGCAUAUUUUUAUCCCCUAAAAAUUUUUCAUCUGUUCGGAUUUCAUAGCUGAAAGUCUAGUGAUCCGAAAAUUAUAGGGAUCAAAACUUACCUUUUCGAAAAUUUCAGCCAGAAAAAGGCUCCCGAAAAUUCUAGUUGACCUUGUAAGGGUAAGAAUAGGUUAAAAAUGGGCAAUUAUACCAUUUUUUAGAUGUUCGAAAAUCCUAGGAGAGGCAGGCAAGCAAGAAGUUUCACAACAAAUGUUCCGAAAAUUCUAGAUCUGAAAUCGUGUUCCGAACAGAUAUUUUCCGAAAAUUGUCGUUGGGUGCCCCUGCUUUACUUCAUUAGAAGUCAAUAAAAUACGGCAGAGCUUUUAUUUGCGUCGUCACGCUCAACAGAAAUUUGCGUAAAGUUGUUUACAAGAAUUGCGAAGCUCGAGAAGUAAGCGCCGUUCGUUCCCGAUUAGCUUCGAUUAGCUUGAGCUUUUAUCAGACUAAUCUGCUAUCGAGUCCGCAAUCGAGAUACAUGUUCGACAUAAAGAAAUUGUUUUAAAUAUCGAUGCGCUUAAAGUCAAUCCCGGAGAAACACGGGACGAUCUGUUGAGAAUUGCGAUCGAUUUGUCCGAAAGUCGAUAAGUCUUCCGUCGAAUUCAUUCAUUUCACAAUCCUCUUUCAAGUAAACGUAGAUUAGAGUUUUGGAAGAAAUCGUUAAAGCCUUUAGACAAAUCGUUAAAACGUUUAGACAAACCGUUAGAGCGUUUGGGCAAAACGUUAGAGCGUUAGAAAAACCGUUAGCUAUCCGUUAGUUGUGUAAAGGAUAACAAAUUAUCAUUAGUGUACGUUUACCCAAAGAAGAAAGUUGACGACCUGGCGUGAAAAUUUAGUCGCCACUGAGUAAAAGCUGGUCGCAUUGGCGACCCCACGGGUCGCAACGUCGAGCCCUGGGUCCUAUUCAGGACUACGUUCACCCGGACGAUCAAACUCAACCUACUUUUGAAAUGACUCCUGGGUUCAAACUUUUCGCAGUCUUUCAAGUUUGUUUUCGUCAGGGGUGACAUAGCCCCUUUAAGUGGGUCAAAUUUAGAGUGAAUGUAAGGCUAGGGUUUCCUUCCUCUGGGACAAAGCAAACUGUCCGUAAUAAUGAGGUGUCUGUAUUAAGCAUGUGUCUGUAAAGCAGAGUUUGACUGUAAUUCGUAUUUAUUUUUAAUACCUAUACACAGGAUCCAAGAGCGAGUUUGGAUGUGAUUGACAAUGACACUGAUCCUGUACCGUCAAAUUCUUCUAUUCCACAAUAUGGGUAAUAUACUGUUGUUUUGUUAUUGGGGGGCAUAACCGUUGCAAACGACCUACAAUUUGACUUAUUUUAUAUUAUUGUCUGCAAUACGCAUAUGAAAAUAUUUCUAUUGUAUAUGCGCAAUAUAAGUUUCAUAUUUAUUUAUUUAUUUAUUCAUUUAUACAAUUAGCAUUGUUAUCCUCCCUGUCACUCAAAGCAUUGCAACUGAUGUGUGUCAAUACUUUCUUCUUUAUUACUGACAAAUGAAUACAUCAUGCCAAAAUUAUUUUGAAUUUAUUCACUUCAGGCAUGGUGAAAAGGUUGCAGGUGUGAUUGCUGGCGCGCUUAAUAACUCGAAAUGUGGAGUAGGAUUGGCCUACAAAGCGAAACUAGGAGGUAGAGUAAUAGAUAUUAGGGACUUUAAGAUCCAACGACGCGGACGGUAACGAGAACGUAAAAAAAAAACAAUAGCUUUGAUUAGCAAAACAACAACUUUGCACGUGCACCACACUUUUUCGUACAUUUCUCCGCCCGUUUUUGCACGACUACGACGUGAACAUGCCUAAUUUCGCGUUUUACCAAGGACGUAAACAAGCAACGACGAAAUUUUAUUUAUCUGACUGUACUCGGAUAUGGUGCCUGGGAAUUCAGCUCCAGGAUGGUUCGCCUACAUUCGACAAAGUAAGUGGGUAGGAAUAAUUGCGAUAAAGUCUGAAAGAACGUAAAUUCACUUUUUAAGCGACGUUCUCAUUACCGUCGCGUCGUUGGAUCUUAAAGUCCCUAAUACCUUGUUUAUAACAUAAUUAUUUCAUGAUCUAAAUGUACAGUCGAUGAGUGACUACUGUAAAAUGCUUCGUCUUGACAAGAUUUUUAUUUCUUAAAAUCGAGAAAUUAUGACUGGCUCAUCUUAUGACGCCAUACAAUGUAUAUUAAAAGAAAUUCGGGCAAGGAGUUGAUUGCGUUGUCUGAAAAGUCACACGUAUCAUCGCAUCGCAUCCGAUGUUAACCCUUGGAAUAGGGAAUUAGUAGCGUAAACCGCAUUUUUUGCUACCCCUUCCUUUCUGGAUUUGUUCAGUUUCUGGCAAUUGAUGUCAAAAUGGCUAAAAAUGAGUUUUGCGACACUUGUGCUAGCACUUCACGCAUUCUCUAUGCUCUUACAAAUCUCUUUCUUUUUAUGACUCUCAAACAGCAUUCUUUCAUAUUUCAUUAUUAAAAUUGCUUCAUGUUUGUUUUUCUGUUAAGGGAUUCGCCUGUUUUUUGACGAGAUGGCAACAGAUGACCUUGAAUGCAAAGCCCUCAGUCAUAAAAAGAAUUUAAUUGACAUCUACUCAAAUAGCUGGGGACCAGAUGAUAGGGGAUUUGCGGUGGCAGGCCCAGGCCCCUUGACGAGAGAUGCUUUAAAAAAGGGUGCAGAGGAGGUAAUAUAAUGCAGUGCAGUAUUCUGUGGAAUGUUACAAUGCCAAAGAUAUCUUACACAGUUGACUCUCGAUGACUCGAACCCUCGCUUACUCGAACCAUAAUGCAUUUCCCCUGGAUUUCUUAUUCAUACAUUUACUGUAAUUUGACCUUCGGUAACUUGAGUCCUUGAUAAGUCGAACCUCCCUCUAACUCCAAGUCAUCAUUUCUGUAUGAUUUUUACCCUCGAUAACUCGAACCAUGUUUGAGCGCGUCACGAGUAAAAAAAAAAGUGUCCUGCAACCCGAAACAUUAAAGUGUUGUAGACAUGUGGAAGCUGAUGUUGAUUCUUUCAAAUAUAACGUGGAAACGCUUUCCAAAAUAAUUAGUAAUAGCUAGGAAUAGACCUGGCUGCCGAGAAGCAUCAGGACCUACUACUUCUCGUAACAGUAAAAUGCAUGCUCUACUAAAGGCACUGUUUUGUUACGUCACGUUCGCGUCCAAGUACUGUUCAAUUUUCACUUGACAAUUGUAUAAUUAAAAUGUGAUUAAAAUGUUCAGAGAAAAAUGAGUAAAUACUCUUCCGGUUAGCCUAACUCGAACUUUUUUCGAUUUUCCCUUGAAGGUUCGAGUUAGUCAACUAAAUAUUAUUUAACAAUUAUUCCACGAGUGCGCGUUUGAUAUGGCUUGGCUAUAAUCAUCACAUAUCCAACAAGCACGAGUGGAAUAACUGUUUUAUUAAAAACGCCCACAAAAUAUCGAGAAAUCUUCCCAACCUUAUUUGUAAAAACAUCCGAUUUUCAGCUUGUUUUCAAUUUUGAGUAGAGGCGUACAGUUACCAUAUUUGGAGAGCAUGGUAUGAUGGCUCAUAUACCAUGAUGUAUUGGCCAAUCAGAGUUCUAGUAUUCCAUUAUCCAAUGAUUCAGUGUUGAAAAUAUAUAUAUAAUGUUGUGGUUCAAUUUUAUACUUGGUUUAAGUUUUAUUUCCUUUUCUGUUGGGGCAAGGUAAUGUAUGAUAAUGAGUUUAAACACAAAGGGAAAUAAAAUUUAAACCAAGGAUAAAAGUAAACCACAACAUAUACAUAAGUAUAAAAUGACAAUAAUAUGAUGUUGCAGUGGCAUAAAUCGGCAGUCCUAAUGAAGUAUGACUUUCUGAAAUAAUUCUGAUUGUGUCCGUAAAUUAGUUUAUAGUUGUUGAUGUCUUAUUUCCGUGUUCGGUAUCGUGGCUCGAAUGUGCGCAAGAACUUUCUAAUGUUAAUGAAUAUAAGGCCUUUUCUAGGCCUGAAAAUGAGUAAUAAAUCAGAAAUUUCCCUAAUGGCUAUGAUAUUCUAAAGGUAGUAAGUCAAGUUUGAAUUAGCCUAUCUUUAUAAGACUUAUCCUUCGGAUAUUUCAGGAUAAAUUUCGUUGCUCUUCGCUGGACAUUCUCCGUGUAAGGGGACCACAGGCUGCUGCUAUACUCAAGGCUGGGUCGAAUUAGGGCACAAUAAAGCAUUUUUCUCAUAUUUGAAUCACGCAUGUCCCUGUAGACUCGGUUAAGACGUCCAAUAAUCGUAUUCGCUUCCACAACCACUAUAAGUUGGUGACGGUUAUUUUUGUCUAGACCAGGACAUGUCAUUGCACACAGUAAUGCCGAAGUCAGUGAUAGAUGGUGCACAUUCAAGCUGUUGUCAAUCAAGAGUGUAGGUCCUCUCACUCGCGCAUGAAGUAUCCUUCCUGGAGAUAUGUAACACUAAACAUCCCCCGUUAAAUUGCAUUGACCAGUCCUGGCUCCAUUUGUGUAGACAGUUUAGUUCUCUUUGGAGGAAGUAAUAAUUGUCAGUUUGGACAGAAGCUCGAUUUGAAUUUCUCCAAAUCCUUAGGGGCUGUCGUCUUUUAUGCUUUCUUCCUUUGUCUAUUUAUCUUGGCAAUGCGUAUGAGGAGCUCGGUGUUAGUCCACGGAUGAUCAGACACGUUACGCCUUUGCAUUUUGGAAUGAGCUCAUGAUCAAUAACGGCAGCGUUAAACAAGUCACUUCAGAUACCAGGCUGUUCUUUGACGACGUGUAAGAUAAAGGCCAACUCCCAUGGCGUUUGUAAUAACAGAUCUUUGAUCAACAGAUCUUUUGAUCAAAAUUGGGCGUGCCUGUGGAUGUUCCAUUGAAGUGAAGUCUUAAUGAGCACAAGACAGGAUUCAAACGGUGCACUUGUUUUAAAUUGUGUCAUUUCAGGCGUAAAGUAAAUAAACCACUCUGCUCUUAAUCUGCUAGGGUCGCAGCGGUCGUGGUUCUAUCUAUGUGUUUGCUGCAGGCAAUGGAGGAACCUUUGUCAAAGAUAGCUGUGCUUUCAAUGGCUAUGUCAACAGCAUAUAUACUAUUGCCAUCACUGGGAUUAACAAGGAUGGGUCAAUUCCUAUUUACGGUGAGCGCUGUGCAGGAAUCAUGGCAGUAACGUACAGCAAAGACGCCUUUGAUGGUGACAGCAAAGUGGUAUGUCCGAGACAUGAAGUACAGUAAAACCCGUGUGUAAGAACCUAGUCGUUUAAGAACCUGCUGGCAGAAAUAUGCCAUUUUAAUACCCCAAAAUAUAUAUAAGAACAUGUUUAGCCAAGAAAAAUCAAGCAGGUCCUUAUAUGUUGGUUACACUAAAGUUACGAUAAACAUUUUAUUCAAGGAGUUUGACUUUGAGAUUGUAAAUUGAUAUUACAAGAAAUUACUGUACCAAACUGCAAUUAGAAUUAAAGGUGUAAUUGUAAUUCCUACAACAAAAGCAGGUUUAUAUAAAGUACAGAUUUUAUAAAUUGUCUUCAACCGCCGCCUGGUUAGCUCAGUUGGGAGAGCACCGGUCUGCAGAGCGGGAGGUCGCGGGUUUGAACCCCGACCAGAACAACACUCGGGGUCUUUAAAUAACUGAGGAGAAAGUGCUGCCUUUGUAAUGACAUCUGCGUCUGUAUCUUGGAUAAGGACGGAAAACCGUAGGUCCCGUCUCGCAGCACUUACACUUGUAAGGGUUCUUGUGGGACGUAAAAGAACCUACACAACUGUGCCAAAAGAGUAGGGGACGUAGACCCCGGUGAUGUGGUCAACCUUUACACAUCAGUCACAUCAUGGGUUAGGUGGGCACAGUAAGCUCAUAAAUGGACUGAGGGCAGCUGCCGCCUUUGUAUGCUGAUGUCUGAGCGUACUCUUCACAUGUUAAUAUAUCUUGUAAAGAGGGCACGUCUGUUAUUCUCUCAUCCAUGAUUCCUUCGUUCCGUCCUGGACCUUGCACAAAAGAGGUUUCCAUUUGCAAUGUACAGUUGUGAAUAAGGACCAAACUCAAGUAUAUUAUUUUUCUGGUAUUAUUUUUCUACAGUUACAUCUCCUUCAUAGAACCGAAGAACCUAAUUAAGAACAUACUUCGCCUAAAUUGCCAAUGACUAGCCCAAAAUACAAGAACGUUUUUUGCCAGACUCAAAAUACUACAGGUCCUUACACGUGGGGUUUUACUUGUUUUACUGUAUUACCAUAAAACAUAUUAAAAUGUAUUACCUAUCACAAUUUAUUUAUUACACUCAGGUCACUGCUGAUGCUAACAUGGGUUGUACAAAUUCAUUUGGUGCUAGUUCAGCUGCGGCAGCCAUGGCCUCAGGACUUAUUGCCUUGAUGCUGAGUGCAAAGUGAGUAGUGCUUUAAAAAUUGCUGAUUGGAUUCUGUGCAAUUUUAUUAGGACCACGGAGAUACCGCGUUAAGAUAUCGAAUAUUUAUACCCUAUCCAUAUGGGCCCCACGUUGCAUUUAAGUUUUAUUUCAGCUCUAAGGCCGUUAUUUGAAAAUUACAUAAUUGUAUUACAAUUAUUUAUUGCUCUUCUAUGUUUUUACGGGUUUAGAUUGUCAGAUGUUGUCUAUAAAUACAGCGUGAUCAACAGCACCCUCUUCGCUCUCGCUUAGCCAGCUUAAACCAACAUCUUUCCACUACCUACAAAAUCCUUGAAUAUAAUUAGAAAUUACUGGAUGAGGCUGAGUAUGAUAAAGAAUUUUGCAGAUUAAGGAAGAUGUUAUAACAGACCAUUUUACAGUUGUACCCUAGCCUUCGAGUGAAUGCGAGGCUGACGGUGACCAUGUUUUGAUACAAACCUCCUUUGCUUUGUUAUGGAAAUUGUCCUUGAAAAAUACUGCUUAGCAUAUGAAUAAUUUGAUUUUCAUAAUAAAGCAGGAAGGUUAGUCUCAAAACGAGGUCACCGUCAGCCUCGCUUCCUUCCAUAAUCGUUGUAAAGUGGCCUAUAGAGUGUUUUCACUAAUUUGACCAGUAUCUAUGCUAAUUUAUUGGAACAAAAGAAAGCAUUUUACAUAAGAAAAGAGUUCAACUCCCAGAGGAUUUUCUCGGUACACCAACAUGGCCGCCGUUUCAUUGUUUUGGAGCACCAAUAUGGCCGCCGUGACGUCAUGUGAAAACCCUCUAUUCUUCAUUUAAAUGGAGCGUUUUCACAUGACGUCACAGCGACCGUGCUGUUGUUCCAAGACAAUCCUGUGGGAAUUGAACUCUUUUCUUAUGCAAAAGCUUUCUUUUGUUCCAAUAGAUUAGCAUAGAUGCUGGCCACGUGAGUGAAAACGCACUAUACCAAAUCUGAAUCCAAUAAUUGUUUCAUUAUUCAUUCGAAAUAUUUUCCACCUCAAAACAUGCUUAAUAAGAAAAGGUAUCGUAUAAGAGAAACAAGUAAUGAGGAUAAAAUCGAUGGACGUUUCGGGUUCACUUUCAAGGUAAAAAAGUGUCAGGUAGAUAAACUGCAUAUUUUCAUAUAUGUUAAUUUAUGAAAUUGAUACUUUUUGGUCUUGAAUAUAGCGUCACUGAAAAUGACCUCGAAACGUCGAUCGAAUUUAUCCGAGAUAUUAUUUACUUGUUUUUCUAUUAGGAAAACAUGCUUGACUCUGUGUAAAAAUUUCUUCUUCAAAACAUACGUAAUAGUUUGGCUAUUUCAUCUUCGCCCAACAUACAAGAUAUUUCGCGAUUUUCUCCAGCUCUACACUACCAGAACAGCUAAGCUAUUGCGCCGCCUGUCCCUCUGUCUGUUGAAAUCAGUACAAUUGGCGUCAAAACUUCACAAAUAUCGAAAAAAAUCUUCCAAAUUUGGUCAAUGCUUGCUGGUUUUGUAGAUUUAGGGUGAUAAUUUAAGCCAAUCAAAAACGGAGGAAUAUUUUGAAUGAAAAGGGGUUAACAAUUAUUGAAUGAGGAAGAAUUAUGCAGAUCGAGCACUGGAUGGGGAGCUGCAUAAAUGUUUAGACCAAGCGAAAGCUUAAAUCAAUAAUUCUUAAUUACUAUUCAUACAAAAAAAAUGUUCUUACAGGUAUCCUUUCCUCCUCGCAGACUUUCUUACCAAACAUUUGCCCCGUUUGUCAGAACGAUUAUUGCAGAUACUCUUCAAAAAGUAGAUGACAUUCAUCCAGCAAUGUUUUUUUGACGUAUUCUUGCAUUUCUCCUUUCAGUUUUAGUCAUCCUCGGAGACCCAGGGGCAGUCAGUCGGGCCGGGAGAAAAGUCGCGACGAAAGUUCUCAGGCACAGGCGGAAAAGCCCCUGGGUACCGAUUCUCACCGGACCAUUUCCAAACGGUCAAGCGAAUGCUGACUGGCUGGCUGAUUGGGCACAAAAAAAAUGCUUUGUAUUAUUGUGCCCAAUCGGCGAACAGCAUCUCCAGAGUUCUUUUCGUGAAUUCGUACACGAGUGCUUAUCUCGCCACAGUUGCCCGGUUCGUUCACAAAGCUUUCCUAACCUGAAACGAAGGAAAUACCGAUGAGUCGUAAACCGUUUCGGAUGCUAUCAGCAGGAGCAAGAGCCAUAAUGGGUCUUGGCAGGAACAAUUCAAUUUGCACUGAGAAAAUUCUGUUUCUGACGGAUCACAACAUAUCGUAAAUAUCGUAAAUAAUAUCAAGUUUAAGAUGUGGCGGUGACGAGAAAGUAAAAAAGCAAUAGCUUGACAAGGCAAAAAAACAACUUUGCACGUGCAUCACGCUUUUUUGUACAUUUCUUUGCAGUCACUGCACGACUACCACUUGAAAAUGCCUAAUUUCCCUUUUUGUGAAGGACGUAAACAAGCAAUGACAAAAUUAUAUUUCUCUUUAUGAACUUGGAUAUGGUUGAUAGAAAUUCAGCUCCAGAAGAGUUCGCUUGCAUUUGACAAAGCAAGCGAGUUGGAAUAAUCACGAUAGAGACUUAAAAAAUGUGAAUUCACUUUUCAUCCGACGUUUUCGUGGCUUUCAGCUGUCGCGACAUCUUAAACUCCCUAAUAUGUCUAACAUUCACGAAGGCGUGAUCGAUGCAAGCGUGAAUACCUGUUGUAAUCUCAAGCUUGUAUUUUUAGAAAAGUGUCUUUAGUUUUCGGGUAGAAAGUAUUUUGAAAUGAUUCCGGAGAGUUUUUAUCAAACUGAAAGUUUCCUGACUGCGUGCAUUUCUUUGAUGUAUGAGCCCGACAAGCCGUAAUCGAGUGAAUAGCCGUCGUGUACGAAUUCACGAAAAGAACUCAGGAGAUGCUGUUCGCCGAUUGGGCACAAUAAUACAAAGCAUUUUUUGUGCCCAAUCAGGAGCCAGCAUUCGCUUGACCGUUUGGAAAUGGUCCGGUGAGAGUCGGUACCCAGGGGCUUUUCCGCCUGUGCUUGAAAACUUUCGUCGCGCCUUUUCUCGCGGCCCGACUGACUGCCCCUGAGUCUCUGAGGAUGAGUUUUAGUCUGAAAUUCGGCUAUUUCGUCUCCAGAAAGCCGUGUAGUCUUUUAAUAAAGUAAAUCCCCGAUAACUCGAACUCCUCGCUAACUCUAACUAAGUCCAACUUCCGUUGGAUAUCGACCCACUUUCCAGUCAUUUUUACUCGGUUAACUCGGACACGCAUAACUCGAAUUCCCCGCUAACUCGAACUACAUUUCCUUCCCUUGAUCAAAAAGUCACUGAAAUUUCCCCCGAUAACUCGUUUUCUGGUUCUUUCAACUCCACUCGAAUGUCGUCCCAUUAAAAAGCGACUAAAACUAACACGGAUCAACACUAAAGCAAUUUGAUUUUAACUGGUGAAACGAACAAAUCAUGUUUUAUCAUAAACAAAUGCCUUAUCAUUUGCACUGCACCGUAAAGUGAAGUGCUGAAAAUCAUUAAGUAUCAGUUAUUAAAUUGGAAAAUUGAAUUUUGCAGUGGACCCCGAAUACACUGGAAUCCCCGCUAACUCGAACUGUUUUUCGUUUCCCUUCAGCCUUCAAGUUUCCGGGGUACUACUGUAUUUGUUUGCGUUCACUCAUGCGCAAACCUAUAAUAUGUCGGUGCAAUAACCCAUCGAGUCGGUUGGUUAUUGUCUACAUUUUCCAAAUAUCGUCAGUACCAGCUUGUUAUGAAGAAUUAACCGGAGGAUUGGAGCCAAUCAAAAAAGGCAAAAUAAUCUGAGCGAAUAAUUAUUACAGUUAUUGAAUGAGGCUGAUACGGCCUCGGUGGAUAGCACCUUCCUCGAUCUCCAUAAUUCUUCAGACGAUACGAAAGCCAAAUUCAAUAAUUGUUUUUUUAUUCAUUCAAAAUAAUUCCUAGUUUAAAAUCAUGCUUACCUCCAUCGAUGUUAAGUUCGUCUUCGACAGUGCACGUUAAACGGCAAGUUUAGGAGAUAAAGGGUUGUUCAUCUCCGCAAAUAUUCUCCAAGUUGCGGAUGUCGUCCUUCGAGGUGUCUUCUUGCAGUUCUUGCUAGGUUUUUAGCCAAUGGUUCGCCUAUUUCCUCCUGGUAAAACGAGUAAAACGUUCCGGCGGUUUGAUAUCACUACCAAAGUAACACAACCUCGUCCCCAGGUCUUCUCGGUUAACGGUUCAAUAAUCUGCAACUUUGCUGCACUUUUGACGUCAUCAGUUUAAUAUGGCAAAAUUCUUUCAAAUUUGGUCAACAGUAGCUGGUUAUGAUGAAUUAUGCGUAUGAUUUUAGCCAAUCAGAAAAGGAGAAUUAUUUUAAAUGAAUAAUUAGCAGUAAUCCCACGAACGCACACGUUGGAAUUGAGAUGACAGACGGCCAAUUAGGUGCGAAGCGUCGAGUUGGCUAUAAUUAUGUCACAAGCGCGAGUGGAAAAUUUCAUCUAUUAAAAACGGUCACAAAAUAUCACUACUAAAGACCAGGUAAGACCAGAGACUUUCGCUUUUCACCUGCCACACGUCUAUUAAAACUGUCACCAUUGUGUCCAGGCAAACCGACUGAAUGAAACAUCAACUAACAACAACAACAACGAAGCAUCAUAGCAAUGAACUCUUCAACAAUUCAUCUGGAUUCUAAGAGUUAACUCUGUUGGACAGAGUUUUAAAAUAUGGCAGAUAAUGUUACCGAGAAGAAUUUUUAAGUUAUGCCAUGGUAAAUUCCUGAACUAAAAUUUCCCCAGUCGCCAUGCAAAGAGCUCGUGUAAAGCUUCUUCUUGAAGUUGUUUGAAACCGGUCGCUGUCUCUGUCUGUGUGUAAAAAGAUUUAUUGAUAGAUUGAUUCGUUUGUGUUAAAAGUGCCUCUUUUCUUUCCUUUUGUUAGCUCAGCCCUUUCCUGGCGAGACGUACAGCACAUUAUUGCGUGGACUGCAAGACAAGAUCCUGUUGCAAUCAAGAAAAGCUCAUGGACCGUUAAUAAGGCUAAUUUGAGUGGUUAGUAUAUCCCUUCUGAUCUUUAUAACAGCGUUAGUGUUUUUAUAUUAGUACUAAACUAUAUUAUGUUAGUACAGGGAAUUGUUAAGCUAUACGUGCUACUGUUUCUGUUUUCAUUCAAAAAUGCUUUAUGACUUGUUUAAUGAUUUUGAAAAGACAAAAACGAAUGUCGAUUCAGUAAAAUAAAUGUAUCUGUACGGUAAUGAAACUGAUAACUGCGGUGAUGAUAGUAGAAGGAGUAUAUAUAAUCAUAAUAUUGAUAUAAUAAUGACGAUAAUAUAUAUUAACUUAUAUUCAACUCAAGACCAUUUUAACUGUGCGUUAUAAUGUUUAACAAAUAAUGAAAACUUUAAGCUCUAGUUUUAACUCAAAACCCUAAACUUCCUUCCUAGUAAAAAUUCUAGAUAGAAAUGAGUACAGUGGAAUCCCGUUAAUACGGUCACCAAUGGGUCAUAAAAAUUUGCCCGUACCAACGGGGUGGCCCUAUUACCCGGGGCAGGGUCAAAUUUAAUGACUUACGCCAGACGGACAUGCACCAUGCAUCGCAUUCGCACUUCUUGAACAACUGUUCACUUUAAUGAACUACCGGAAUGGAGAUAUCGCGUACCGUAAUUACAAAAACUAAAGUCGACUCUCGAUAACUCGAACCGUCAAGGGAACUCGAAAAAGGUUCGAGUUAUCGGAAGCUCGAAAAAAAUAGCCGGGAGUAGGGAAAGAAACAGUUUUUACUGCAUAGUAAACAUUUUAAUCACAUUUAGUUGUAGAAACGUCAAGUGAAAAUUAAAAGAUACUUCUAGAUUAUAAAUCAGAACGUAACAUAACAAAACCUUGCUUAAUAGAGCAUGCAUUUUACUGUUUUGAGAAGUAAGUUAGAUUUGCGACAAACAACAUCAGCCUCCACUAGUAAACUAUAUACCUACAACACAUCAAUGGGAAAUUCAAAAUUCAAUGUUUCGACACCAGUAGACUGUUUUUUCCCGACUUUUAAGGGCUCAAAACACGGUUCGAGUUAUCGAGGGUAAAAUUAUAUAGAAAUGAUCUGAGGGGAAACGGAUGACGGAAAUCCAGAGGGUGGUUCGAGUUAGCGAGGGUUUGAGUUAUCGGGAGUCAACUGUACUUGAAACUUUUCUUUAGUACAUAAAAUUAAAAAAAUCGGCCAGCAACAAAUGCAUUUUGCGUGUACUGUGGUCUAAAAACAAUACAAGAACAUGCUCAGCUAGGUCAGUGAAAUUGACAUAUCACAGGCAUUUUAAUUUUCUACAUUUGGAAGGUAUGGCCGUAUUAACGGGUGGAAAUUAGAAGGGAUUCUACCGUUUGGGAUUUAAAAAUGUGGACGUUGGUCGUAUUAACUGUUUAACCCAAAAACGAGGGGUUCUUUUUUAUAGGAAAAUGUGUGACCGUUUUGCCAGGCCAAAAAAUUUGCUGCACACUGUAAUAACGAGGUGACCGUCAGUUACCGAGAUGGUCGUAAGGCGGGUUUCUCUGUAAUGACAUUUUGAAACCCCUAAAUAUUAAUCAAUUAUUAUUAAUGAUUAAUGAAAAUAGGCUAGGAAAUGCCUUCUGGAACAAAUGUGUAUGAAGAGAAUCUGUAAAACGUACAGGUAUUAGCCGACAGUAGUAUUUCUAAUGUAAAGGGAAGAUUAUUCCAUUAUAAUUUAGCCACAGAGAAUGAUCGGUUAUCCAGCGUAGUAAAAGACUUUUAUGUUGGGAAGUUUAGAAUUAUGCUGUUAUUUGAUCUUAAAGAAUAAUACUUCCCUUUUUUUCUUUCGUUACAUUUGUUGUUGUAUCUUUCCUCAGUUAAUGAUUAUGUUGGAUUUGGCUUUAUGGAUGCCACUAAGAUGGUCGAUGCAGCACUGAACUGGACAACUGUUCCUACAAAGGUUAACUGCACCAUUCCAGAUCCCCGUGGAAAUAGGUAGCGUACCUAGAACCUGACUCUUUUUCAUGCCUCGUAAUUAUCCACUCUCCCUAGAAGUGGGUGCAAUUACGAUUAUCAUUUAUGCCAGCAUUUUGACCUAUUUAAAAUUGACCAUAAAACAGUGUGGGUUCUUAUUAAAAACGUUUUUUCAAUAACUUAGUGUAUACUCGCCCAUAUUUAUUGAGAGCUAUUACUCAUAAGAAUAUUCGGAUCCUGAGUUAUAUUGCGUAUUUGUUUUAUUAUUUUAACCGCAGCGGGACUAGCUCAGUCGUUAGAACGCUUGACUGUUGAGCGGGAGGAGGUUUGGAUUCCCGGGGCCGAACCAUUACUCAGAGUCGUAAGGUGGCUCGAUACAGUUUUUCAAUGUCAAUACCCCCCAAGUUUGAACAUAAACUACGUCACCAUAAACAAAGAUUUGGAAAAAUUGCCACCACAGUUGUAUUAGAUAAAGAAGAGAAUUUCUUAUGAUCAGGGUUGCAAUGACAGAAAAUAGGUAAUAGCGUCAUUUCGUCGCUAGGUCAACUCCGAUGUCGUUGCAACCCUGAUCAUAACAAAUUUUCAUCUUUAUUUAUUGCAACUGUGGUGGCAAUUUUUCCAAAUCUUUGUUUAUGGUGACGUAGUUUAUGUUCAAACUUGGGAUUUAUUGACCCUGAAAAACUGUGUCGCGCCACCUUAAAAUAAUUGAGAAAUGAAGGUACUGCCUUUGCCAAGCAAACGGCGAGACCUUCACGUGGCUCGGAUGACCACGUAAAAUGGCGGUCCCCUUCCCAGAAGGGGACAUAAAAAUAGUGUCCUCAAUUAGUACCUUUGUGCUAAAUACAUUGACACUCACAUAGGUGCAUGUUUUUCACUGGCCCAGAAAGAGGUAAACUUAUAGAGUACUGUGCCGGAAGCGAAUGUGCAAACCGAUUUCUACCUUGUGUUCAGUAAUCAAACGUUUAAUAUGCUGUAUUGUAAACCAAACAAAGUGAUUAAUUUUCCAUUUUCUGUCUGAACAUAAAUGCAUGUGCUCCUUUUGAGGUCUACAAAAACUGCUGAAUGCACAAGUUACGGGUAGUACUCUUUCUCUUGAAAUUCAUAUAUUCACCUUCAUAUCUUAGUCUUCUACGGGUACGUAUAUUAUACGAACUCACAAAGUGACCAGCUCCCAUUUGGUUUGGUUUCAUACCUCAGUCGCCACUGAGAUUAUCACAGAGGUCAUUGGAUCGGAUUCCGUUCUUAAGCCUGAACUUUUUUCAAGUUUCUUUUUCGCAACCGCUUAAGUUUCGUACUUAACUGUGAUGAUCUUUUUCCCUUCUUUCUUUUCAUUUUAUCUUUCUGCUAAAUCUUUCUUUCGCAAUUCUAAUGUAUCAAAUUCUGAUACAUUUACUUUCAGAAUUGUUAGUAUCGUCAUAAUUUUAUCUUUAAUUUACCUUUCUCUCUUUCUUUCUUCCUCUAUUUAUUCGCCUUUCAGUCCGAUAAUGUUUAACGAAUCACUUGAAGACACCAUCGAUCUAAGUACCUGGAACAGUAAAUGCUUUGGCGAGAAAAUCAACUACUUGGAACAUGUUGAGGUCUAUGUAAAUUUGACUUAUACACGGCGUGGGGACCUGUUAAUAAAACUCACAUCACCUCAAGGGACGGUUUCUAGUCUCACGCAUUAUAGGACCACCGACAGUCACUUUAAAAACACGGACUUUGAUUUUGUCUUUAUGACGUUGCACCACUGGGGGGAAAAUGCGGUUGGAAAAUGGAAAUUAACGCUGGAAAACUCGCGACCACAUCGUAAUAGUACAGGUUGGUUAUUAAUUUCUAACAAUCAACAAUUAUUGAAUUCGGCUUUCGUAUGAUGUGAAGAAUCCACUGAGGCCGAUCAUGAACAGCCUCCAAGAUCUGCAUAAUUCUUCAUAUCACACGAAAGCCGAAUUCAAUAAUUGUGUAUUACUCUUCAUUCAAAAUAUUUCUCCGUUUCUGAUUGGCUAAAAUUCCACGCACAAUUCAACAUAACCAGGUACUGGCGACCAAAUUUUGAAAAAUUUCGUGACAUGUGAGAAAUGACGUCAGUUGUGCAGCAUAAUUGUCAGAAAACUAAACAGUUAACCGAGAAGACCUGGGGACGCGGUUGAAUUGUUUUUGUAGUUAGAACAAAAUGGUGGAACAUUUCACUCGUUUCACGAGGAAGAAAUAGGCGAACUAUCGGCUAAAAACAGCAAGAACAGCAAGAAGAUAACUCGACGGAAGACAUCUGCUGUUUGGAGAAUAUUUGCUAUUUGCAGUACUGAACAGCUCUUUAUCUCCUAAACUUGCCGAUAAACAGGAUAAUGAACUUAACAUCGAUGGAGGUAAGUAUGUUUUAGCUUGUUUUUGAACUGGGAGUCAUUUUGAAUGAAUGAUAAAACUCUCGGAGGGUGUUAUCCAUCACGGCCUAAUCGGCCUCGGCGGAUAACACCCUCCUCGAUCUCCAUAAUUCUUCAGAUGAUACUCAGCGUCAUUCAAAACACUCACGCACUUUCGAAAACAGUGCCGCGCGAUGUUUCAACAACCUCUCCAAGACCAUCCAACUCCACGGAGAGAGCCACCUUUGUACGCAAAUGCAAAGAACAUUACCUAGCCCUUAACAAGUCUAGCGUGUGACCACCUUUUCAUGUAAAUAGAUAUAUAUUUUCUUUUAGAGUUCUACCUUUUCCCAUAUUUUGUGGUUAGUGGUAAUAGUUAGUACUGUAACAUAAAAGAGCCAUUUUUAUGGAAUGCUAAUAAAUCAUUAUUAUUAUUAUUAUUAUUAGUUGUUGUUGUUGUUGUCGUUAUUAUUAUUAUUAUUAUUAUUGUUAUUGUUAUUUUUUAUAAUUGUUCAAUAAUUAAGUUAAUAAUUAAGUUGAAUUUAAUUUUCCUGGCACUUUUUCUUCAAAGCCUUGGCCUACUUAUCGGCACAGUUUCAGCUAGGUUAAAAAACAGAUUUUUUUUCUUGCAGAUUCUCCUCAAAAAGUAGAUAAAAUCCAUCAAGCAAAAUGUUUUGCGUAUUCUUGCCACCACCACUUCGCUGAUUGAUUCAAUUAUUCACCGAAAUGGAAUUGAAAAAUUGUGAAUGACAAAUAACAGUGUCAUUUAUUUCUGUGUUUCUAAACAUUUUCAACCUCUUUUCGUUUCAUGUUAAGGAACGCUUUUCAACUGGACGCUGUAUUUACAUGGUACAAAGGAGGAUCCGCUAGCUCAAAAUCCUCAUGUUCCUGUUCCAGUUUUUCCACAACCAACAACCCGAACGACAUCAAAAGCAAGUACAACAGACCUGACACCAGAGUCUACAAGUAAGACUCUUUAGGGCAUUCUGGUCUAGCAGUAUGUCCAGCUCUGUUGUUUAUAUAAUAGAAACUCGUUAAUAUAAACCAUAUAACUGGGAAUAGGAGACUCUAAGGACGUGUUCUUAUUGAAUCCCGACGAACUGAGGGUGAAUUACGAAGUACGUUUUUGAACCAUUGUUGAAAAGUCGCUCUUUUGAACUCCUUGACCUUGCGAGAGAAUUUUCCUUCUAAUGCAAUUUUUCAGUUUGGUAUAAUUCUAUUGGGAGGUUUACAUGAGAUUCGGAAGGCCAUCAUAAGCUUCCUUAAACUACACCUAAAUUAGCAAUUCCUUAUUCCAUAUCUGUUUUCCUCGCAAAUGUUUGAAAGAUAACAAGAAAUAGAGCCUCAAAGAGCUGGCGAAAAAUCCGAACAACUCGAUUUACUCAGUGAACCAGUUUGACAAGUUUUCAUUUCUGACCGAUCAACAACAACAACGCAUCACUGAAACGCGCUAAAACUGAACUUGCACUUGAGCCACGUUAGUUUGCAUCGUGCUCGUUAUCUUGAACAUGCACACUUCAUUCUAUUUACUCAUCUGAAUUGAAUAAUUGGAUAAUUAUUCUCUUAUUGAAGCCGGUUUAGUCCGUAGUAUCGUCCGAUAUCACUCGACUCUUCUGAAUAGCUCGCCCUACUGGCUCGCCAAGAAUGAAUACAGUGCGGCUAAAGAUCCCACCAUGACACUGCAAAUUUAACCGUGCAAUAAGAGAUUUUGAUUUUGAGAAUUACGCUCCUGUGUAUUCUUCCUGUAUACUAAUUUGCACUAAAGGGAAAAAAGCAACAACAACAAAAACAAAAAUAACUUUAUGAAUAACCUGGUUCAAAGUAAGAAUUUGACAUUCUUGUGCUAGUUGCACACACGUACUGUGAAUCCAGAUCAUUCGGUUGCUUAUUUUUUCUGCUGGGGCAUCUCAAGGUUAACAUUUUUCGCCUUUAGUAGUAUUCGGUAUACGCCUCCGUCCGCGACAAGGUUGUCUUGACGGCGGAUUUGUAUUUAAUUUCAAACACGACAAGCGUAAGCUGGCUGACAAUUCGUAGUUUUAAUGCACUUGUCACGCACCAUUAAACCGAGCUCGUGUCUCCGAUGUUACUAUUACCCCUUGGACAGAAGAAUUGCAAUUACAAUUUGCCAUCACUGCCUCAUUUCAAAGUAAAAUUUUUUUCGAAUUGACGAUUUUCGAGUUGCCUCAAGCCUCUGUUUCAAAGCGAGGCGAAGUGCGAAGCCAUUCAUAUGAAAAUGAUUUUUCAUUCUCAUGCAUUUGAAACUCGUUUUCAGUAACAAAUGUUUUACACCCAGCCUCGUUUUGAAAGAGAGAGUUUUUGGAACUCGGAAAUGGCCCUUUCGCAGUUGCAAUCAAGGCAAACAACGCUAUAACAGUAGAACCAUUUUGAAUUAUGGUACUUUGGCAACUCUAAACGUUAAUAGCUACGGCAACACACUGAUUUGGUACGCCGCUUCUUUGGUAGUUAAUAAUUUAUUUGUUGGUAUUGGUUAUUUCUUUAUUUAUUUGCCCUGGACAGUGGCAUUUUUUGUUUUUGGUUUUUUUUUUCUUUUUUACAAUUAGGUCCUCCACUUAUCUCUUUUGAGCAGAUAAUGCUCUUUUACAUCUUGAACCCUAAACCACAACAUAUGGCGUACUCUCGUUUACUCACUUCGCUGAAAAAUAUUGGAACUGCCUCACCGAUAAUUUAAGGGCAAUUGGCGAUUUUAGAGAAUUUAGGCAGCACUAUCAUGACACAAUUUUGAGACUCAGGGGCACUCUGCAGCUUUUGUACUUAUUUACUUCAACUUCAACUUUUUAGAUUUAUCUAUAUAUCUACUCGUUAAUUGUUUUUACUGGAAAAACGCUUUUUAACUGACUGGCCUGCAUAUAACAAUUGCUAAGUUACGAAUCAAUGGGUUAUGUUUCUGGUUAUAAUUAAAUAAUCUUUCUGUUAGUGUUUGUUCCUCCUUCCUACUUUUCCUUAGCCUGCGAACCGCAGACGUGUUUCCGGUCGUCGCUUCUCUCCCUCCGAAAAAUAACGUCUGCGAACCCGAGUGGCAAAAUGAUUUCCGUGACGUAAAACAUUUUGUUUUGAUGUUGGCCAAUCAGAUCAAAGAAUAGAGUACAGCUCAAGUGACUCCUCGGGACUUCGCUCUUGGAUUUUGGCGAGAGUUACGAAACACGCUUUUGAGGGUGAAUUUCACGACUAUAAGGGGGUGUUUACAUGACACCGGGGCGACUUUCGCGCCGGCGCGAGUUCACUCCAUCCGGUUCCCUCUCAUGGCUCUAUAUUUGUUUACAUGAUACCACCACAAAAUAUCAUGCCUGCGCGAGUCACCCGGGCGUGAGUUCACCCCGGUUGUUGUACCGGGGCGAGAAUUUCACUCCGGUACGAAAUCUCGCAGCGGUAUCAUGUAAACGCGAAAUGACCAACCGUUUCGGUGUGAAAUCGGUUUGCGAGUAGACUGGAACGGCUAGCGCAUGCGUAAUAUUUGUUAUUUUAAAUCACACGCGCAUUUUAUCAACAUAAAAUGUACCUUCAACGAGAUACAAAAUGACGCAGUCAUCAUGUGAAAGCGAUACGAAAUCAAAACGUCAUCCCUGUAUAAAACUCGUACCGGUGCGGGUUUUCUCAUGUUAACACCUCCUAACAAGGUUUCCUGCGACGUUGAAUGCUGACUUCCUUGUGAAGCAACGGCUUUUUAAGCUAUAUAUGUGACGUGGGCCCAAUCGCUACAGCGAAAGGAAAAUAAUAUAGCUUAUUGACAUCGCGCUCAUACCCGCGAUUUAUUUCAAUUUAACCAGCGCCAACAAAAGGUGGCGAAUCGAUUGUACAGAAACAUCUUGACUGAUUCAGAAAUCUCUGACAAUGGCUCGUUAAUAAUUCAAAAUCCUACAAGUAUUGCCACAAAACAAUAAUCCGAAAUAUUAUAAACCCUGGGCCGGACCCAGCGUGAAAUAAGUAUUUACAGAAGUAAAUUGAUCAUAGUCAAGAUGACAUUUCAGCUACGACGCUUCGACUCAUCUUAUAAAAAACCAUGGAAAUUAAAACCUUGAAAAGAACAUGUAUAAAAAGAAGUAUAAGAACAAAUACACGCAUCGCAUAGGAAAUCAAUUACCACAUGUCCUAGCUUUCAAAGAUAAAGGAUACUAAAAUUAUCCAAGCGACACACGAUAAACUACCGAAGAGUUCUCCAAAGCAUACUUUUUUGCGAGGAACCAGAUAGAACAGAAGCAAUAAGAAGCAUGAUGCGUCUACUUUCAUUAGGACAUUCAUCGUUUCGAAUAUGAUCAAAACAACAAGGUGUGAUAAAUCAUUGACUCCGUACGUAGGCAAAUAGUUUUCUAAUAAUCUUUUCUUCAAUAUGAAUCCUCUUGGUGUUUAGUUCAUCAAUCAGUACCAGAGUCAAGGGAAAUUAACUUUCUUAAAAGCGUCGUUCUGAGAAAAAAGGGCGGCUGCGCACAGGCUACGUCGCCCUUUUCAAUUUCGAAUUGUAAACAUAUCCACCGCGCACGAUCUUAUGAGAAGUCUCGCGAGUUAGUUCCUAGAUUUAAGAGCUAAACUGUGAUUGGCUAAAAAGGUUUUACGUCACGGAAAUCGUUCUGCCGCUCGGGUUAUCAGACGUUAUUUUUCGGAGGGAGAGAAGCGACGACCGGAAGUACGUCUGCGGUUCGCAGGCUAACUUUUCCUACGUUUUCCUUAUAUAUCACUUGAUUUUCUUUCGUUUCCGUUUUUUUUAAUUUUUUUUUUGUUGUUUGUUUUUGGUGAAGGGGUGUGGGAGUUACUUUUGUGCGGACUUCUUUUUAUACUGGCUAAAUAGCUAAAAUGAGUAUUUUCUCAUAAAGGCUUCCCUUCGACCACAAGGGAGAUAUCAACUACAAAGUCAGGUGAGAUGUAAACCUUUCUGCAUUCUUAAUCGCAUUGGCCAUCAUGUUUUUUUUUUCUAAAAACAGGCCAAAUCAUUUUUCUGUCAUUGCUCAAACUCUGUUAGUAAAAUGAAUUACACAUCUCGCUAAGAAAAUCCAAAGCAGGGCAACAGUUGAAAUCCUUACUCAAAACAUAUCUUAAUUACAAGAUCGGGCGCGUUUAAUUCUCAGCGUUUCAGGAUUCUGUUUGCAAUACGCCUUUGAUAAUUGCCUGUUAAAUGGCCACCAGCGUUUGAGGUUUCCGUCAAUAUCCCAUACCUACAGCGGGUCCACGUUUACACUUUCUUUUUCCUCUGGUUUAAUCACCUUUCAUCUCUGUCCCAUAUUGCAUACCUGCCCGGAAAUGGUAACUUCUCACAAGUCAGUCGAUAAUUUUCUUUUGUUGUUAUGUUUUUGGGGUAUAAGGAAUUUCUUCGGUCCGGACUGUGCCUGUCACUGAAGUAUCUUCUACUAAAGUUGUCCCUUCUACAACGGGAGUACCAACUAGAAAGUCAGGUGAGAUUUCACUUUUUUUAACCGCGGCAGUGUUGGCUCAGUCGGUAGAGCGUGUGACUGCAGAGCGGGAAGUCGCGGGUUCGAUUCCCGGGACCGGACCAAUACUCAGGGUCUUAAAAUAACUGAGAAAUGAAGGUACUACCUUUGCACUGCAAGCGGCUAGACCUUCGCGUGGCUCCGAUGACGUAAAAUGGCGGUCCCUUCUCCAGUAGGAGACGUAAAAAUAGUGUCCCCAAUUAGUACUUACUUGCUAAAUACAUUGACACUCAAAUAUAGUGCAAUUUUUUAUUAUUUUUUUAAAAUCACGUACACUGUCGUGUUUUGUGAUUUACGCCCCGCAAAUUAAUAAAUCGCAUCCAAAGCUUAAGACACUCUGCGACUCAAAAGAGGAGUCUCAUUUUCAUUCGCAAGUAUGGUUCCUGUAAAAGUUUGAUUUAAAAUGACUAAACGACUUCUAUUAACUGAGAUGGUCAAGACUCAAAACGGCCAGAUAAAGUCAUUCCCUUUCUGCCAAAAACAAAUGUUGUCUCGGUGAACAUCAUUUGGCUUUAGGAACUAAAUGAAGACUGAAACCACGGCAGAACUACGGCACCUGUUUAGACCUGAAGUAUCAAGGAAAGAGUACAACUUUGUUAGUUGCGGCAUCGAAAAACAAAGCAAGGACAUCACAGGUUGUUAUUCUUGUUCCGUCGAUUCUAUCCCAAGACUGGCUUGACAUAUUAAUUAUCUUCUGACGUCAAUAUGCAGUAGCUUUCCCCUCAUAGAGUACUGUAGGCUGCUGUUCAUAGAAUCGUACUGAGACCAACCGUUAGUUCGCUGGAACUAUUUUCUGUUCGCUCCUUUUCUUUUUAUUACAUGCUAACCAUGAGGGAAACUGAAUCUUCACUAUUUACCUCCAGUGAUAUCCCUCCAAAAAAUAACAUUAUGUAACAGUCGUCGUUGUUUUUUCGUUUGUUUUUGUAUUUUGUUGUUGUUGUUUUUCUCUCCUACUAAGGCCGUGUCCACAAUAGUCUUUUGAAUUUUGUUAUUGAAUACAAAUAUACUUAUUUUGCACGUCCGGUUUCCGUCUACACGAGAACGAUUUUUUUUAGGUAAGGAACUUAUCCGCGUUGGCUCGGGAGACCCUUCACAUCGUUUACUAGUUAAGUUUGUAUGAGUGUGCGAACUCGUGAAAAGGUGCUAAUACAACAGCCGCGUCUGUUGUUCUUCUAAGCGUGAAUGUGUUAUAUAAAUUAUAAUUAUUAUGAGUGUACAAAGUAGUGCGUGGUUUUAUCCUCCUCAAGAAACUCAUCUCUUUUAUGAUUAUUGUUUUUUACAUUUCGCGUCCGCUUGAGAAAAACAGUGAGCGAAGCAAGGGCUUGUUGCAUCGUUGAUUGUUAACAGUUAUUUAAGUGAGUGUUAAUAUUGCCGCCUGGACGGUGUGUAAUAUAUCAAACAUAAGAGACAGUGAUUCAUUACAAAAUCGAAUACCGACAAGAGAGUUGAGGUGUGUGUGAUAAAUUGCAGUAUGGAAUGUUUGAUAUUACAUCUCAAACAAAAUGAUCCUAGAAGGGGAAUUUAAGGAUGCAAAAUGAAUAGUUUUUCAUCUGAUUUCCAGGCACUCAAGAUACAUUUAUUUAUUUUGUAUUUACUUUUAUUAUGAAUUAUUAAUGACUUUGAAAACAAAAUUUGACGAAAGUUAUUUUUAGUGACUUGGCAGGAUACGGUUCUUGUUUCAUUUGGCGCCGUGCGUUGUUGACUUUAACCUUUAGUAAGUUCGUAACAAAUUUGAGAACUGGAGAAAAGGUUAUUGACUAUCGCCAGAAACUUAUAAGGGGUUGAAACGUGUAACUCGCGUUCAAUGCUCGUGAAUAUUCACUUUUACCAUAUUUGGAAACCUUAGUGACAGAUAUCCAUUUUAAACAAAUGGCUGCCGCGCGAUCACCAUGCAGAUGUUUUAAGACAAGAGUUCUGCUUUUCAAGGUUGAAAAUACACCGUCAAAAGACAAAAAAUGGAAAGAGAAAGAUCAAAAGAAUGCUCAGCAUUCUUUUUGUGGAGAAAGGGAAGCUUUUCGUCAAGAAAUCGUCCUUCGAGGAAUUCAACCUUGUUUUCUUCACGAGGGAGCGCAUGGUCUGUUUUGAAAUGCAACCAAGGUAGUGAAGUUUUUGCUGAAUUUUCAGGUACACUUUGCACUCUAUGGCCAAGACAAUUACGUUUUUGAAAGGGAAUUUACGUGUUUUUAAAUGUUUCAUAGACGUUUUAUAAAUUUUUUUUCUUCGGCGCUAAAGAAAAAUUACAAAAUGUGCCCCGAUUUGAAAUGGAUUUUGUGUUGAAUUUUGCCAUGUGCUCAGCCGAUUUCACUUGCGUGAACGGAUCCACGAUCCAGAUAGUGUUUACCGAAUUGCUUUAAGGGAUGAACUUUUUGGAUUUUGAAUAAAAUUUUCAAGAAACGGCUUCCCUGGCUAUUGUUUUGAGUUUGUUCAUACAUAAAAUUAGCUCAAAACACGAUCGUGACUACAACAUCCAAGCUGAAUUUAAUUAUAAGCUUAAAUGCUUCUCACAUUCUUUACACGCUUCACUUUUUGCGAAGAUGUCAGGUUCAGGUUUUGGACACGUUUUGAUACGCAGCUAAUGAAUUUUAUUUGAAAAUGUUUGUUACUGUUUAUUCUAGACUUUUAAUAUACGAAUUUUAAAAGCCUAUUUGCAGAAAAAGUUUCCCGUGCAGAGGGUCAACGAGGCAUAGUUUUUUGAAGUGACAACUUUAAGAAGUUGCGAGGACGUCAAUGGGUUUCAUAAUGUUAUGUUUGGCCCGGGUGGUAAGGCAAUAAUAUGCUCAGUGUUUCGGUAAGAUUCCUGGUUUCAACCUUUGAAAGCUUUCUCGGCUUUCGGGAGUUUUUCCCCGUUUGUCGGCCAUUUUUUUCAAGCGGGCGCGUUAACCUGAAGUAAAAUUACGUCACGCUGCUUACAGAGUUUGAUUGGUCAGUUAUCUCUUCUUCUCAUUCCAAAUAUGGUACUUUCGAAAAUGAAUAAUCACGAGCAUCGGACAAAGCAAACAUAUGAGAGUUACACGUUUCAACCCCUUAUGAGUUUCUGCUAUCGCAUAAUAAAGUCUCAUUAUUAGAGACCUAAUUGUGUUUCCACCAUGGUGUAAGAAACAAUAGAUAUUCAUAUCAUUGUACAAAUGAUAAUGCAACUGUGUUUUACGAUCUUGUUUCCUUUCAGAUACUCCAUUAAUAGUUGGAGUUGUCUGCGCAUGCGUGGUAUUGGCGCUUGUUAUUUCCUGUGUAGUGUAUAUGAAGUGUUGGAGGAAGAGGUGAUUAUCAUUGAGUUAAUUACUAAAAAAUCUAAUUUUGGUGUUGUUACCUUUUUUAACCUGGACUGCUUACACUGCGUGAAAUAUGCAUUAAAAAUGGAUAUUCAUAUACGCUUCAGUAGGAAAAAAUUGGCUAUAAAUGGCUAUUUUUUUCUCUUUACCUUGUCUGGCGCUUUACGAUCGACUGUUAUCUUACUCGGUUAGGUAACGCCUGUUAUGUAGGCUAUACCACUUUCUUGAGCAGAUUAUACAGGCAACUGGAGACAGCGUUUAAAUUCUGGCGAAUAGGAUUUAGGACUUUUUGGCUUCUAAGACCUUGCCAUUGGUGGUACCACAGUACAUCAUCCAGGGUGUACAAGGGCUGAAAAUUCAGAAAACCACGACCCAUUGGCGGUUGCCAGCAGUCGCUCUUUGGAAUCAUUACCCUUCGGCUGACAAGCGUUACUUUCUCGCCUUAACGCACUGGUAAUAUGAUUCCCCGACGCUUUCCGAACAAAUUCAGUUCGUAGAGAAUACUUUAUCAAAAUCAAGGCCAUAAAGGGCUCGUCUACACCUGUAUAAAUUAAUCCGGCCGGGUCACGAAGGUUUCCCAUCCAGAGAAUUUAUUGCUUCCUUCCAAAACAUAACCAGUGUUUGUCAUAGGAAAUACUUAAAGUACUUUUAGCAAAGACUUAAAUAUUCUCACUUCAGAAUUAUACCCAGAAGAAAUGAAUUUACAGCGAAAUGCGUUGUAUUACGCUGCGCGUAUUCAGGCAAACUUCGAAGAGAUUUUGGGUUUCUCUGUUCCGUCAAUGAUUUGAGUGAAGGCGGGGUUAAUGCAAAUCACAAUGUAACGUGCUCACCCAGGUUGGCUGAGGAUGCGAUGACACUAGACUGCUCAAGAAUAGCGAAGGUGAUGGCGAUGGUGAGUGGAUAAGGAGGCAGACGUUGCUUUAUUCUUGCAAGUGACAAGAAUAAGAAAGAUCAGAAAAAUCUGCGAAGCAGACUUUCAAAACUAGUCGAUUAUUACCCGAUACAGGUCGAUCACAAAUCAACGAACCUUGAAAAACGAAACAAACAAAACGGAUUGAAAUCCACCAAUCACGAAUCACAAACCAGGACCUUUUGAACUCGUGCAAGUACACAUGUAUUUCCUAAGAGGCCCGCUUAGAUGAUUGACGGAACAGAAAAACCCAAAAUUCUUUCAAAUUUUGCAAAACGCACAGCGCGAUACAACAAAGUCGCUGUAAAGAAUGCUCACUCUGUAAAACAGUGCUUUAUGCAAACUAGCACUUGUCAAAAUCUCUCAUUCCCAUUUCAAAGGAUUAUUGUUGUCCUAACGUGCACGUUAGGAAGAUUGAUCCUUCAUUUGUAAUACCGCACCUCGCGAACAGCGUCCCCACCCAUGUUUUGUCGCCCUAUAAUUAAUUAUUUUACUUUGCUUUAAGUCGCAGUUUUCAGAGUCUGAGAACAGCAGACGAAGAAAGCUUAGAACUUAAGGGAUGAAAUCCUCUUCACCUGGUUAUUUCAAGUAGCUUGCAUCUGCUAAUCUAGGUAUGGCAUAAAGACAAUAAAAAAGAAUGCGGUGCGAAAAAUAGAUUUACUUUAAUAGUAGACCAAUUUACUUCGGUUCGUUUUAAUUAAGAGCGACCACUCGGAAAAGUUAUCCGAAUCAUUACUUUCUUCCUUUCUUGUGAAAAUUGCAUGUGUCAUGCUUUCAGAAUAGUGGAGAGUGGUGCCAAAUGGAGAACGAAGGCGGAAAAGCCGGGGGAGGGGCGAGCGAAAGGAGGGAACAUUCUCCCUCUUUCAACUCUCACCCGCGCCCCGUUUCCUCGCUGUUUUUUGUCGCUCACUUCUCUUUCUACCAUCUCCACUAUUUCAACGUCUUGAACAGGCUAUGGUGAAAACUCAUGGAAGAUCCAAAAGAAUUGUCUUUACUCUAGUCAUCAACCGCAUUGGCUAGCAUCGACAACGGCGACAGCAUCGAAAACGUCCCUUUUAAAAUGAAGUCGCGUUUCGUUGAACUUUGUCGCGUUUAAGCCAAUUCGCUGAAAAUGUCAAUUGUAGGCGAAUUUUCCAGGAGCCGAUUUCUUGGGGACCGCACUCAAGCUUAGAAAGAGAAAGAAAAGUUCGUCGUCGCAUGCUUGCGUCCUCCAUAAAACGUGCAAUUAGGCAUGUUCACGUCGAAGUCAUGCAGUGACGACAAAGAAAUGUACAAAACAGCAUGAUGCACGUGCAAAGUUGUUGUUUUGCUUAACAAACCUAUUGCUUUUUGACGAUCUCGUUGCCGUCGCCGUCGCCGUCGUCGUUGCUAAAGCUCCAUAAUUAAAUGGGAAAGAUCUAAAACAAAAAUGUGGCCGACUUUUAUAGUCGCCGUAAGUUUAUUAUGUUUUCUUCUAUCGGGCCCGCAAUGGAACAGUUAUGUGUAAACAAAAGCCAUAAUGGCUCUUGGUGUGAAUUUUUUAAAAAACGUGACCAAGCUAAAACGACAUCCUUAAAACUAUAUUUUUCAAAGUUUUUUUGUGGUCAGUCAAACAAACGGAAUUUCAGUAUCUUUUAUAACACUGGAAAAAUUCCAUUGGCUGCCUCUAUGUGAACUGGCUAAUGUUUCGCCAAGACAAACACAAGCUACAUAACUUGGAUUCCCCACCCCCACCCAUGCAGAAUCUACUUAGUACCUCCCUGCCAGUCCAUACGUACGGUUGGGCGUACGCUGUCGUCAUAACCAGAUUUUCUCGCGUGGAUAGGGUCUGGAUUGGUUUCCCAUUUUCUCUUAGCUAUUAGGCUGCCCUACGCGCUCGCGCGGGGGCUCCGCUAUAAAAACCAGACGUCACUUGAUUUGAAUGAGAAAACAAACGAGAUAAAGUAAAAUGGUCUAUUGAGUAAAGAUACUUAAAGAGAGACAUAGAUCUCGGCAAGGUAAAUCCAGGUUAGGUUUACGUUAAAAAUUUCAUUCAGCAGUUUUGAAAGGUUUUAGUCUGCAGAUUGGCAAAUAUUUGGUGAAAAUGAGUCAGCCAAUCUGUGAGGCAAACAUGUUAUUUAUUAUGAUGAUUAUGGAAGACCGCUGAAGGGAAAAUAAAUACCUCUAGCCGGAUUUUUGAACACGUUACCGCCGAAUAGACCUCUUCCGUUAAGCGGUUUGUUUUUACGGCCAAAAACUCUCCAAAGUAUCCAAUAUAAAAACUAAGAAUGCAGCCAUUUUUUUUCUUCUCCUCCUUUCUUCCUCCUCGCUCUUUGUAUUUCUCCUUGCCUUUUCUUUCGCUAGUGUGCUUUUCGAACUUAUCGGGCGAAAAUAAAAAGCUGGUCUUUUGUCCCUUUUCCUCUCAGAUAGGUGCAAAUUUUGCCAGGUUCGUUUUCAAAUUAUCGGCUAGAUAUAGAUAUUAUACUUUUACACUCUUCUCAGCCUCUCUAAAGAUUGAUUUCCACUGACGCGUUUAUGGCAACGCAUUUUAACGCGCGUAAAUUGUAAUCACGUAAAUAAAAUAGAGGCAAGAUAAAAACUGCUGAGCGUAAACGAGAAGUUGAACGAGGUUCAACUUUUUCGCUUACAAGCGACCUUUCAUGCAUUGCCUAUAUUUUAUUUGCGAACGUAAAUUUUACGCAACUGCGUACGUAAAAAUUACGCCACACUGGAAAUCAACCCUAAUUGAGGCACACUGCGAGAAAAAGCGAAAAUACGCGCGUUUCGCGAGCAGUUGAGGAUAGGAGUCGGGCGCGGAAAAAAUACUUCCUUAUUCAGUGAAAGCUGUAUUAAGGGGACCCAAUAUUAAGCGGAAGCCCUCUAUUAACCAUAUUUUCGGCAGAACGAACCUAUAUUCAUCGGACACGUCUAUCAAGUGGACUCUAGGUAAGGCCUCGUGUUAGUGUGUCAACUUCGUACAGGUUUCACUGUGAAAUAUAGGUAGAGAAGUAGGCGGGACCAAGGAAAUCAACGUUUUCUAACAUUUUCGUGUCAAGCGGAAGCGAAUGGGCAUUUGGGUUGAGUGCAACGUUAUGAUGGCUCGUUAAAAAUAUCCAUUUUAAAAUAAUGCUUAUUAUUAUUUAUUCAAAAUAUUUCGCCGUUUUUUUGAUUUGCCUUAAUCCUCCGCCUAAUUCUUCAGUACCACGUGGCACGGACCAAGGUUAGAAGAUGCGUGUACUAUACAAUCUUUGACGUGCAAGUUACUCUGACGUCAAUGAAGGUAUAUUGUCAAUAUACGAUCAUUCAAACAAAAAGACAACGCCGCGGCAACCUAGCUAUUUUGGCGUGACUAUCGAACUCAAGAAAAUGGCUAUGAAAAGACGAAAAAGCCGAAUUAAUGACUGAAAAUGAAUCCAAAUCCAAUCCAAGAACACACGAACAAGUAAGGUUCGAUAGAUGUCAUCUGCUUUUUGAGGAGUAUAUGCGAUGAAAAAUACAUCAGUUCACAAUCUUAAACUAUGCCUCGAAACAGGCAAAUGUUUUGAAGAACGUAUACGUGGGGGAAAAGAAGUUAAUGACUUGGAAUUAUUUGAAUUUGUCUUUCGUAUGAUAUAAAGAAUUGUGCAGAUCUCAGAGGCUGUUAUUAAGACUUUACUCAACUGAUCUGCAUAAUCCUUCAUAUUAUACUCAGAGUAUCAAUAAUAAUUGAAUAUUUAUAAAUAACCAAAACAGGGUCCUUAAAAUGUUGGGUGUAGCAUCAAAUGCUUUCAAUUGUUGUGUCUGCCGCGCUUGUUUUCGGCCCGUUGUGCUUUUUCACACGUAUGAUCAAAAAGUUUAAGUUAUUUACUAGAAUUGUUGUUUUAUAUUUGAGAAAAAAAAAGGGUUCAAAGCCUUAUUUAAUAAUAUGAAGGAAAAUAGGUGCAUAGAGAGUAUUUUAAUGUGUUUUAUUAUAAAUAACAUUUUAUCGCUAUUUUAUUACGUGUGAUGAGUUUAUUUUGAACUAAGAGGUGGUUUAAUUUGCAGCAUACGCUUAUAGCUGUUGCAUUUUGCCGUGGAAUUUUUUAUUGUUUUUCAGCUUCGCUUAUAUUUCGAGUUUCAAGUUUAAUGUUUUGCCUCAGUACAAAACAUGAAGUACUUACAAAUAGAUAUAAAUUGCUAAUGGCGAGGAAGCCCGAGGGAAACUACUGGGCUUACAAGUAAUAUGGUCCCUCAGUUAAUUAUUUUAUCGCAAUAUUAGCAGAAGUACUGAGACAAGUCAAAUCAUUGGCAGAGCUACUUAACAGUAAAUUUAUAAUAGAUAUUUGUACAUUAUACCACAUUUUGACGUCAUCUGUAAUAUACAUGAGAAGUUAAGCAUCACGUUUACGUCAAACAGCAAACGUGAAUUUGUACCACGUGUCCUAGUUUCCUCUUUACUUGUCGGUUAUUCUUCAUUAUUUCUACACCUAAAUUAGUAGUUUCACGCAAUUGUUUAUCCAUGAGAAUAGUUUUGAGCUGUUUUUACCUGCUCAUUUUCUAUUUUGAGAACUUCUCAGCUUGAAUCUGACGUUUGUAGUUUGCCGUAUACGUGAAGCUUAAACUCUCCAUUACGGAACAUUACAGACGCACGGCAACAUGAAAACUGUUUGUUAAAUCUUCACAGAUGAAGCAUUGGCCAUUUUCUGUUUAGUUCAGGUUUGUUUAUCGUUUUUCUCGCAAUUUUCAAUAAGUUUUUUCCAUACAGGAAAAACUCCUUUCUAAGAUAAUCGGAUUUGUAGAUAUCAAGUUAUCAAUUUGUUCUUCACACUGUAUUUGUUUUUAUGAGCUUAGAUCGACCGUAAUUAACCUAUUUAUUACAGAUUACAUCUUUUCGCUUUUAAAAGCUAUUUAAAGCGUUGCAUUCUCUUUUGUUUGUCACCAUUUUUGAAAAAUAUACCAGAAGUUGAACGGUGAAACGUUGAUCUUUUCAUCUUACUAAUUCCGGGUGCGUUGUGUUUGGAAAACAGUGCUAAUUAGGCGAGUCGUGUUAGCCUAGUGUCACGCAACAAGGGUUUAAAGUGAUACGCGACGCUUUGACGUCUCAAUCAAUAAACUUUUCAGAUGACUUUUGUUUCCUGUAGCCCAAUUUUUACCCAAUUUUAUUAACCAUCCUACAGUGCAAAAGAAUAU